ACUCCGGCACUAUAAACGUCACAAAAGAAAUAUAAUGACUCGUGUGUGGAAUAACCAAGUUUAGAAGGAUGAUAAACAGAAUGAGUCACGCUGGGCAGGGAUGAGAGAUAAGAACCUGUGUAUGUGUGUGUGUACGUAUGUGUGAGUGUGUGUAUGUGUGUGUGUGUGUGCGGUAGUGGCCCUCGGUGGCACCCUAUCGUCACAAGUGCCUGGGUUACGCCACGGUUUGGAUGUCGGGAUAAGCAGCACAUGAUCGCCAUGGGUAGUGACCAACACUUUUGCCUGCGGUGGAACAAUUUUCACAGCAACAUCGCCACAUCGUUCGAGCACCUCCGCGACCAUGAGGACUUUGUGGACGUGACACUGGCAUGCGAGGGACGCAGCUUAAAGGCACAUAAGGUGGUGCUGUCUGCGUGUUCCCCUUACUUCAGAAACUUGCUCAAGCAAAACCCAUGCCAGCAUCCAAUAAUAAUCCUGAGAGAUGUGGCGUAUGUGGACAUGUCAGCGUUACUCAGCUUCGUGUAUCAGGGGGAGGUGUAUGUGUCUCAAGACCGACUCACCACCUUCCUCCGCACCGCUGAGUUGCUCCACAUUAAAGGACUGACUGAGCAGAACCAGCAACAACCACACCUUGCGACACACCAGCUGCACAGAGAUCAGGGAGGGUUGGUCAACAAGGUGGUGAGUAGCCUUGGGUCCAUAGCAGUCCAAGGCCCCUCAUCACCCCGCCUGCGGUCCACCCCCUCGCCCCCCAUCCAUGUCUUGCAGCAGCCGUCCCACAUUUCACCGCCACCCAAAAAGCGCCGACCAGCCAGCAGUCCAACUCUCAGCUUGCCAGUUUCCACCGCAACUCCUUCUACCCCGCCACGCCCCGAGGUGCCCCCGGCCCGCCUAGAGCUGAGCCCCCACUUGGAGGGCUCCACUCUGGCCGCAGCUCUCACCAAGCCCCUCAACCCCGCUGCCCAGCGAGGGGACGUUGCGCCGCGCAGCUCGCAACUCCCCCCCUCCGCUCAGCUUCCCCCGCCCCCCUUGUUAGCCGCGCCCCACCCCGCCCCCGAUGUGCCAAACGUCAAGCAGGAGGAGGAAGGGGAGGGGGCCAUGGGAGAGGAAGACAACCACAUGCCCGAGGCCGUCAACCUAGUGACGGAAGGCUCCAUCCUGAGGCAGCGGAUUCAGGGCUACCAAGGGAGCUGUGAGGCACCCCUAUCUCUCCCCCCGCCGCCCCCCACCAGCAGUGGCAGUGCUCGCCCCUCCCUGCACCCGCCCCCCGUCAAGGACGACACUCUCAGCGACGACACCAGUGUGGUGGGGGAGGCCGGGGGGGAGAUGGGAGAGGCGGACGAGAAGAAGGAGGCUCUAGCCAGUCCACCACCCAUGGUGAUCAGACCACCACUCAUGGGGCUUCUUCCCAGGGAUGCUGCAGGGUUAUACGCGGGUCCAGGAACAUCAGGGUCUAUAGGUCAGCAACAUGAAUCUUCUCAAGAACCACGUAAUGGCGGGCUGGGGGAAGCCUACGCAGGACUGGAGGACAACCCGUAUGAGGCGCGUCCAUGCCCGGUGUGCCACAAACUGAUCAGCAACCGUGCCAACCUCAAGAAGCACCUCAAGAUCAGACACUCAGUUCAGGAAGAGGCUCUGUGUCUCUACUGUCGCAAGGUCUUCCGCAACAAGUACUCCCUAUGGACGCACAUCAACUCCUACCAUCCUGGAGUUAAGAAUGCCAAUGUCCAGGACACCGCCGCAGCCCCGGAUGCAGGUGGUUCUGUGUCCGGGGGCGGCGGCGCGGCUGGUCACUCCUCUGGCCUGUACAAGGGGCAGUAACAGUCGUAUGUAACAAAGGAGAUAAGGGUGCUCUGUCCACACGCUGUGAUCAUAAUGUAUUCCUUCCUCUCACUGAUUCUUCUAAGCUUCAACACACACACUAUUAAUGAUGGUUAGGCUUUCUUCUUCCUCCUCUGCCACUCCUAAUGUAUUCCUUCCUCUUACUGAUUCUUCCUUCUUCUGAGCUUCAACAUAUAGGACACUUGGCAAAUAUUAAUGAUAGUAAGACUUUCUACUUAUGCCACUCCUAAAACACACACAUUAAUUAUAUUCUCUGAUAAUGUCGGUAACGCUUUCUUCUUCCUCCCUUUGCCUCCUCGUCAAUUCGUUCAUUCACUAAGAGAGAGAAAAAAUUGAAUAUAACCUCGAUACAUUCAUCCUGACACACUCACCAUCACAUUUGCACAUUAAUCUUAUCUUCUGGAGGGAACAAAAUCUAUAAUACUGUCUACACACUUACCUUCAUGCAUUCUACCUCUUGCCACACUCCUGCAGGCAUGUCCUUCACUCCUAAACAUAAUGUCCUACUUGCCUCAUCUACACACCCUCUGUCUCUCCUACUUUCACAAAAUCUAUAGUACUGUCCACACACAUGCAUUGUACUUCUUGCCACACCCCUACAGGCACAUCCUUCACUCCUUAACACUUUUUCACACAUGUCUCACCACCUACACGCCUUAAAUUCCCUCCUACUGCCACUCCUUAUGAUUCCAGGUGGUUCAGAUCCUGUAGAAAUGUUCUGCACACUUUUGCGAUCCUUGGGAGUCCUUGAGGUGGACAACCGCGAUGUUCUCUGCAGGUGUAGGGUCCUACUUGAUGAAAGUAUACUGUACGGGUCCUAAGUUCUUAGCCCUACACCCCGAGGCCUGAGUUCUGUGCCCACACUACACAGUUCAUUGUUAUGCUGUUCAUGCAGGUAUGUUCAUCAGGUUAUCCAAUCAACACUCUACCUCAGUUUUAUAUCAGUAGUAGCUUGUAAACACAGCCACUCUAACUAAUCGAAAAUUAAGCCAAUUAUAUGGAGAUCUGAUAUAGUCCAAGCCAUACGUAUUUGUACUCCGUAUGGGAUAAGCCUUUUUUUCUCAGUUUUGUCGCAGCAUCCGAUUGGCUUGAGUCUCCUCCAUAUGGAAAUCAUCGUACAUAGUGAACCAACAUCAGGUUAUGUUUACAAGUGUGAGCUCCGCAGCGCUUGAGACAAUAUUACAUGGUCAUAGUGAGUACUCAUGAGAAGGUGAUAUACAUGAUCCUUGGUCCUGCACCCAGACAUGCCCUCCAACCCCUCCCACCCCCCACCACCUCACCUCACGCCCCAACCCUCACCCCAUCCCCGCCGGCCGCGUCUGGUGGUCGUUCGUGCUGUGAUGAUGCAGAUAUCUUGUCCUCAUAUUGCAGGGAGAUAAACGCUAAAGAUGUGUUUCUGGCGGUUCUGACGGUCUUUUUAUUAUUUUUCUCCGAAGAAUAUGUGAUUCAGAUCGUCCAGAGACUUUCUGAGAGGCGCUGCCGAGGCCUCGACGUCGUGAGUGCCAGCCAGCGGACGACCUCGAGCUUCAUCCGGGUCCUCCGCUGGCCAGUCUCCCCUCGGGUCUCGGCGCGCGCCCCGACAACCUCAUCUAAUGGCUUUCAGGAAUGUUUUGUAACUCUAAUACCAUUAAGAAAGAAGCAAGUACACUGACAGCACUUUCGUUGGUACUGUUUGUAUCAUACUAGUAAUACUAUUAAUAACGCUGGUAAUAACUACAAUAAAGCUAAUAAUAAUAAUCGUAAUAAUAAUAAAUAAUAAUAAUGUAAUAAUAAUACUUGGAGGAUCUUAGAAUGCUCAAACUACUGUACAAACUUCUUACCUCAUCACCAUCUGUCACUGGUUCGGUUCUGUAGUUCAAAUCACACUUAGUUUCCGCCGCCUAUCAGUUCAAGACACACGCUAGUCCGAGUCCAAAUUAUCGAUGCAACUCAAGAGUGACGCUUCUGCCGCCUAGCAACCAGUCACCACUUGACCUUGAGGUAGCCCGGAGCGUUGAGAGGCUGCCAGGCGUCACUCAGUCAGGGAGUAAAGUACAUGUUAGGAGGGCUCUGUCCGGGACCGCUGCUGCUGCCUCGUCCCUCCACUCUGUUGUGCCCUUGACCAAGCCAUGUAGGGCGACCUUCUGGUUAUCUUAGUUGAGGAAAGUGUUGGUUUUAUAGCAUAAAGGAAUGUGAUUCUCCCUUUGUUAUACCAGUCAUUAAGGAAGCCAUGUUAUGUUAUCUUACUUAAAGUAAAAAUUGAGUUAGGGAGUAAAGGAGCACCAUCUUCCUUUGUUUAGCCAUUCAUUUAGGAAGUCAUGUCAGGCUAUUUAAGCUGAAGGAAUAAUGGGUUCAGGGAAUCAAGGAGUGCCACCUUCCUUUGUUUUACCGUUCAUUAUGAAGCCCUGCCAGGUUAUCUUAGACGUGGAACUCCAUGUGUGAUAAGUUUGUUGACCUUCCCUGAGUGGGCACCAGUGUGGGCAGGCUGUGUCCUGCCCGGCUGUGCUGCCAUGGCACGGCGGCGGCCGCCUGGCCUCAGCGGCUGGGGCGGCGGCGGCGGCGCAGCGUGAGUCCCUCCAGGCGGCAGCGGUCCCCGGCACACGCCCGGCCGACACUCUUGGGAUAAGCCAUGCAGAAGAGCCAAUAAUAUAUUUUUACUAUUUUUACUGAAGAAAGAGUCGUUUCCUUACUUUUGUCACAUGCCGUUGCUGUGUAUAAGGGAAAACAUUGACUUAGAUAGAAUCACUAGUUUGCAGGUUUCUUUUUCAUUAGAAAUUUCCCUUUCUAAUGGAAAGGCAUCACAAACACAAGUAUUUUUUGUGAUCUUCGUACUCCUCAUCACAACCUUAGUAAAAACAGUUUAAUUUAAUUAAAUUCAUUAUUCAGGUUUGCAUUUCAACCUCAGGAAUCAGGGCAGGGACCUGUGGUGAUGCAACGGCACGGCGGCCUCGUGACGCUGGCCAUGGCGACCCCAGUGCACACAGCGGCCUUGCUGGGUGCAGCGGCAGCCACCACGCUGCCACACUCCCAGGCCAUGCAUGUCCCCACCUGGGCAGCCGAGGUUGCUGGUGCCCCAGGCACUUGCUUGGGGCGCUGGGCCUGGGUUGCUCGGCGGGGCGGUGGUGCACGGGGCGUGCGGGGCGCCAGCUGGUGUGUUGCAGGGCCGCCCCCCACCCGUUGUUUUCCUUGUUUCAUAAAUUUAGGUGGACUCCUGGCGACGCCACAGACCUGCCGGAGCCUCAGCACCGCGCCUGAAGCUUGCCGAGCCUCUGCGGCAUUACCUCAAGCCUAUAUUUUGAGACUGGAUGUUUUUACCUCUUCUGCCUCCCAUGCAGGGCUGUGCUCGGCUGUGGGAGGCAGACGCUCAGUGGCGGCCUGCUCCAAGGCGGCGGCAGUGGUGGCGGUGGUCUGUGGGGCCGGCGGGGGCUCUCGUGUCAUCAUCCAUUUAGUACAAACAGUGUCAUUAUCAGGAAUAAAGUCAGGAGUUUCUGUGCAUCUUUUCCGCUAGUAAGCAAGAAAGACUUGGCCUCCAUCAAUGCUGUAUGUCAGUGUAAUUGCUGGUUCUUUGUAGAAAUAUGUCUGUAUAUAUUUACAGUGCAUCCCAAAGUAUAUUGUAAUUAUUUGAUGCUAUAGUAGAACUUUUUAUUUAUCUAAUUUUGUAUCACAGUUGUUUUACUCAUUUUACGAAAGCCAUGCAGGUUACAGUCCAUAGUUAACUAAGCGGCGGCCAGGGAAGCGGUCACCCAGUACUGCGAGGCCACGCAUGGCUGUUCAGGGUGGGCACAACCUCAAUACCUCAGAACAUUGUUUGGGAAUAUAUUCGACGACUCAAUUUUUAUCAUAGUUUGGAUACAUUCAGUGCAUAACAGAUCUAGCAAAUACCAACAACCAGGUGUUGUUUUCCCAGACAAUUUGUUUUAUGCAGUUAACUUGAAUAAUUUUCAGAGUCAGCACGAUGCAGUACCAACACUGAACGUAGUUUUGACAAUGCUUUCCUGGCCCCCGCCUUCACACAUACCGGUAUCUUCUCUACCUCAGGAAUCAGACGUUAUAAUCACGAUGGGGGAGUGCGGGGGCACCGGGGCGGACGGAUGUGCCGGGCUGCCCCUCAGGGUGGUGUGUAUCGCGGGGUGCAGGGCGGCCGUGGGUGGUCAGCCUGCCGCGCCCCGAAGCCGGUAGAUCAAAGUUAUUCCUAAGUUGUAGGAGUGGUUACUCGUGGACAUGGGUGAGGCCGGUGUCCACUCAGGUCAAAGCAAUGCAAUAAUGAUACCUCCUCGAUACCUCUGAUUUGUGCGCCGCGCUGCGGUGCCGCAUGUAGCCUCUCAGCCCAUGGGAGGAGAAAACACUGUAGACGGAACUCACUAAGGUAAAUUUUCCUUGCCUUCACAACUGUGGCUCUGCCCCGGCGGUCCGGGCGACCCCGCGCUCCCCCACCCAGUAUACUGUAUCAGCCGGAUGGCCGGGGCGACCCGCCAGUCCGGGCCCGCGAGGGACGGUCAGGGCGGGCGCUCCGGAUAUGUAUUUUAUCAUAUGCCGCUGUGAGACAGUUUAUUAGAUACUACAGGGAAUAUUUUUACAUUUACAUACAUUUUAACAGUAAGUUCAAUGUCCAUUUUCAUUAGGAAGGAAUAUCAUGACGUGUUUCACUGUAGUUGACGUGAUGCAUCUUAGUUCAUCCACGUUCGUACCAAUCAGCUGUUCUUUGUCAUGUGGAGUGGCUUGGUCCACAGUUUUCAGGUAACAUGUGAGCUGCGUGCUGGCGUGUCUUGCAGUCAGUCGAACCCUUCACAAAGCUCCUCGAUCCUCCCCCUCUGUCAGACGGUUCAUGGAUAAAAGCACUUAUUUUUGGCCCUCUCUUCCACCACCUCCUUUGUCCCCUAUCACCCCACAAGGCAUAAUUCAGGCAGGUUUGUUUCCGCCGUUGUUUAUUCUGAUUUGAUGAUUAUUACUAUUAUUAUCAUUAUUAUCUCAGUGUAAAUAACGUUUAGUGGGGUGAUGUAAAAUAUAGAUGUGUGAUAUGGUUCUCAUGGUGUGCUGACAAAACAAACUAACAAACAAACACUCAUUGGAAAACUCAACCAAAAAACUGUGCUGUGGUGUAAGGUGUUUGCGAUGGUGACUCAGCUCUGGCUCCAAAUGAUUCCCUUAAUUCCCUACUAGUUAUUGAAGGCCUCACUAGUGUCUUUGUGUGUCACUAAAUAGACCAGAGGAACAUAGGAAUGCCUAAGAGAAUGAUAACAUAGUCUCAGCACAUAUGUAUUAAAAUUCACGUGGCCCUUAAACUUUUCUUCUGUACAAACAACAUCUCAGUUUUUGUAUUACAUUGCAAGAACCAGAAUUCCAGAUUGGUCAAAAGGGAAAAAAUUGAUCAUCCUUUAGUUUCUGUUUAUGUAAUGGUUUAUAAAUAUUGCUCAAAACUUAAGAUGCAUUGCAGUAAUAAUUUGAGUAUGACAUCAAAUACUUAUUGUCAUCAAAGGUGACAAAUUUAAUGUUCUGUUUAAACCUGCAAGUAAAAACAGUCACCAUAUUUCAGGUCUUCAGAUAUUCUAAGCACCAUUUUAUUGCAAGUUAUUUACAGGAAGAGAAAAUUCAAUGUUCUGUUUAAAUCUCCAAGUAAGAAAAGUCAUCAUACUUCAGGCCUUACAACAUUGUAAUCACCUUCAUAGUGCAAUUUAUUUAUAAGAAGAAAACUGUCAGUAUCUGAAGUGCACUGAAGGGACAAAUAGAUAUGCUCAAUGCUCUCUGACUGCAAGGUAUUUAAGGGAAGAUCAAAGGAGAGUCGCAGGCUGUAGUGCAUUGAACUGAGUAACAUCUGACCUAACAGACACCUCUAGCAUUUUUUUCUAACGCAAGGCGUCCACCUAACACCUGGACCUAAGAUGUGGCCCCAAGGCACAGUCCGUAUCAGCCAGUCAUUCGCUCGUCCUUUUGGCCUGCUCAGCACACCAUGGACUCAAUCUCUAUACAUAUUAAGCAUGAUAGUGUGACAUGAUCUAAUGAUUGUAUAUACCCUCACUCUUAAUGUUCAUGCCUCAGUCUGUCUGAAUGGAAGGACGACCUUUUCCGCCAUUGCUCAAGGAAAACGCCGUGAAUAUUCAACCAUUACUGUGUUUAAUGUCUUGUUGUCUGUUAGAUGAUGUUUUAUAUUGAUAUAUUUUAAUUAUGAGUUUCCUAGGAUGACUCAUCUUAUUCUUUGUUAGAGUCUUUAUGUAGCUUCUUGGUUUAGUCUUAAGGUAAAGUAUAUAUAUUUUUUUCCUCCUCCUACUGACUGCAAAGCAACUCUCCGUGGGAUAAAUUCAAACAUCGAAUCUUUUCAUCAUUUGUUUCAGCAAGAGUCGAGAAGACCAUUAAGGGCGUUUGGCAAAGUUUCAUUGCGUUGAUAGUUUGCUCACCUCUGCGGAUAAUACAAAUAACGUGUGUGUGUUAGUUAGUUAGUCCUGAGGCGCACACUGCCGCCGCGAUGCAAAGCCUGUGCCAGCACCGGCGGCCACGCGUGUGCCGCCUCAGAGGAGGAAGGCGAGGCCCAGGCUGCUGUGCUGCAGCAGGAGUGUCACAAGUGUGGCGGGGGGGCGGCCUUCCCUGGAACGGGAGAGAGUCUUCUCUGUGCCUGUGGCGGGAACUGGUGAGCAGAGUUGCAGGCGUUGCUUGGUAGCUUCCAGAAUAUUAUAUUUGCUUGAAAAUUCCAGGGAUUUAGUCUGUAAAAAAAGGGAGCUGGUCUUAUUAUUUAAAGAUAACUUUAUAUUAUACUUCUUCUAAAGUUCCUUAUUAUAUAUAUAUACUAUAUAUGUUUAGUGGAGUUGAAGAAAUUACUUUAUGGUCGCAAUGCAAGAGUCUCAAGUGUAUUAUGCUAUUGUUUGCAAGCUUUAUCUUGUGUGUUAGGGGAAGAGAGCUGAGGGUCAGUCAUCGCCCCGAGGGGCAUCGCCAAGUUGUGUCGAGCGUCAGCGACGUGCGGCGACGCUGACGCAAACCAUUGUCCCUUACUAGGUGUUGUGACGGAACACAGCGCGGGAGGAACCGGGAAGCUCAAGAGUUGUUUUAAUGAUUUGUUUUAUGUGAUAUUUCAAUGUGAUGGACUCGAGUGUUGCGGCUUAGCCGCGGUCCGUAAGGAGGGUUUCCUGCGCUGUCGUUGUUGUGGAGAAAAUGUUCAGCGCCACGCGGCGGACGAGUGUUGAGCCAGACAAAUUGCUUCCUGAGGCGUGGCGGAGCAGGAUGUGAGCUGUCUGUACCUCAGUGGCCGGGGGCAGCCCCUCACGCCUUGACGGCAGCUUGAUAACAUUGUGUCCAGAUUAUGGUUCACGCUUUAGUCCUGGAGCUGUGUCCUGAGCUGCUGUGAGGGUGUGGGAAGCUGCACCACCUCCGACGCCACUCCUAACCUCACUUCCUCUUUUAGUUGACUGGUUUGACCAUUGGGAGAGAGACGUGUCAUUCUCCACGUCUCUGAGGAAGGCGUAAGAUAUUCUGUGAUAUCUGCAGGAACUGAAGGGGGAGACCAUGCACCGAGAAACAGCUUGUAGAUAAACUAUUACUCGGAGAAGGCUGUCUAAUCCUAGUUGUUGUCACUUGCGUGUACUACUAAAACCACAGCCGUGAGGGAGGCAUCUCAUGCUAUCCCAUGGUUGUCUAAUACCCGGGUUACAGAGCGAGUAAGUGCACUAAGGGCGUGUUGGGUGCUGUUCUGUCCCAGGCUCAAGAUUUCUCGCAACGGCACAUGGGUGUAACAGUGUGCAAGGCUGUCAGACACCUCUUGCUACUGAUGCUGUUUCACCUCCAGCAUUCUAAGCAUCCUAAAGCAGCACACAGAUGACAGAGUGGGAGGCUGUCAGACACCUCCCAGGGCUGCUUCUGUUGCUGUUACAUCUGCAAACAGCACAUAGGAGGAAGUUGAGGAAAGUUACGGGUUGUCAAACAUCUCUGAGUGCUGUUUGAUGUUGUUAUACCUCUCAGAGCAGAGUGGGAAGCUGUUAUACACCUCCCAUUGCUGUCUCUGGUGCUGUCUGGCAUGGUGUCUCGUGCCUGGGGAAGGAACACCCACUCAACACUUUUCUAGGGAAGCUACACUAUGUACACUACACCCCUGACCACUACCUCGAUUCCCUUAAAGCUAAGCAGUUGUUACGGACGGACUCUUCCAGAUUUGAUUUACCGCAAGGGCUUGGGACGGAAGCCAGACAGUUCCUUGUUUUGUAUUGAGCUCGCCGCCGCCGCCGCCGCCGCCGCUACUCUGGUUCUGCUAAUUUGUACUGUAAUUAUCGUGCUGGGGAGUUGACUUAUGGUGCUUGUGACACAGAACGCUGGUUAAUGCAUGUCUCGUGAGAACCUACCCAAAACUUCUGCCUCACCACGCCUGACACGCCGCACUGACUCUGUUCAUAUCAAGUGUCUCGACAAACCUUACAAUGUAUCGUCCUCGAGUCCUCAAGACAAACUCAACAAGAUUCAUAUAUUUUUGUGCUUCUCAAAUUGUAUCUUUUUUCUGUGUGCUUCUUGUAUUUAGUGAUCGGUGGAGAGCGGAUGCCCGGGGCCGCGAGUGUUCCGGCCCCGCGGCGGGCGUGAGGCCGCGCAGGGAAGCUGUAUUAACCAGGUUCAUGUGUUGGAAUAUGGCAAUGCUGUGAGUCCUAAUUGUGAUUUAGAAUAGUAUUAAUGGAAUUUCCCGGAGAGGCUCCUGGAGCCACCUCACGAGGCAGUAUUGGACGCUAUGAGCUAAGUGUUCUGGGGACGCGCGAAGGAAGACGAGCCUGGCACCGCCACUUGCCAAUUGUACGCCGGUACGAGACUUUUCUCCACAACGGGAUAUCAUUUGUAAACAAGGACGGCCCAGCUGCCACACACCCUCGGCAAGCAACUAAAGGAGUCACUUCAUCGUGGCCGAGACCCGCCCAGCUCCGCGCCUUGGCCUGGGCCAGCGGCGGGUCGGUGCCCGAGGCGUUGGCAGCGGCGGCCACCUUGUCAAUAAUCAGACACUGCCGCUUAAUAGGUUUUUAGCUUCAGAAGCUUUGUAUGCUGUGAUGGUAAUAAGUAGGACUUCAGAAUGCUGAAAGCAUGUCACGCAGGAUCUCCGGAGUGCUGGGUGCCGGGUGCCAAGCACCUGGCCCGGAACGGGGGGCGGCAUUGCGCGACGCACACACGCACCAUUACUCACGCACCAAAAGAGGCCAAGAAAUUAUGUGAGAAAUAUUUCGGUACCAAGCAUCAUGGAACCAAUCUGCAUCAGCCAUUUACUGUUUUGUUUUCAUAACUGCUACCUCAGUCAUCAGUCCAUAACAACUCAAAGAUCAUCAGUCGUCCAAAAUUUUCUCUGAUUCUUGGGACAGACUGAUGCUCUCAAGUCAGAUUGGUCAUCAUCAGUCCAGGCAGCCCAUAGCCAGGUGCAGGUCCGUGAGUGGUGCCGCAUCAGUGUUGUGUGUGGCUGAGUAUUGGUGGCGGUGGUGGUGGGUGCGCCAUCCUGCCCCCCUCCUGUGUGUUGGUGUUGGUGCUGGUGGUGUGGAGCAUAUUGAUAGCUUUUAGUGGUCAGUGGCCUCAGCAUCGUUACUUAAAGGUUCAGCUCUGAGCAGAAGCUUUUCUUAAUGAUACUGAGAGAGAGAGAGCAAGAGUAUGGUUAUAAUUUGUUGUGAUGUGAGUGUGUGUGUGUGUAAGAGAGAAAGAGUGACUGGGAGAGAGAGAAAGAGAAUUUGAAAAGGUUGAAAACAUUGAAAUGGUUCAUUGUGUGUUGUAGGAAGUCAAGUGUUUAAACCCAUCUUCAGGAACUGUUUUGGUUUGGAACGUCAACUUUGUGAAAACCGAAUUAACUCACUCACUGUUUCUGGUUCUUCUAGCCAAACGUUUCGUGUCUCAGCCAAGUCACUUUUGUUUCCCGAACUGCCGUAGUCGCAGACGCUAGUGACGUAGUCGUGUGAGUGCCCAACGAGGAGAAAGAAAAGGUUUAAUUGGUGAAAGAACACAUGAUAAGGUAGAUCAUUAGUUCUUUAAUGUUAAACACAGUGUGUGUGGGAUGACUAACUUGUUCAGACCUUGAUUCACUGAAAAAUUCAUGCCAUAGAUUAUUUUUCAUGUUAGGGACUAUCUACCUCUGCGUGUCUUAAUCAGGUGACUAAAGUAUGCCAAGAUGUCGUACCGUUAACAGUUUGUGCCGUCGGAUUGGUCUGAAUAAGCUAGUAGGUAGUGGGUUGUGUGGAGCAGGCGUGUGUGGGUGCGAGGCGGCGUGGGGCAGCCGCCAGCCACUGGGGCAUCACUGCCAGACCUUGCACGGCUUAUCUCUCUCACCACUGAGAGACUCUUGGAGGUGUGAGGGACAGCUCUGGUGAGUGCCGGGCAGCGCAAGGCAAAGGUGCACAGUCUGGAGCAGCACCACAAAGGUCUGGUCUGGAAUGGCUGAGGCCAGUCACCUCUGCAGGGCUGAGGGCUGCCCCGUCUGCCUCGCUCGCCCACUUAGAACUGUAGAUUCAGAGUCAGCUGUAAGUUUGGCUCUAUGUGUUAAACACAUUGAUUUUCUGUGAUUUGUUUAGGUUAUGGAAUAUACUUAUUGGCAGAGCCAAAAAAAUUAUUUCUUUUUAGUUUUAUUAGAUGGUUGAGAAGGAAUUACUAAUUGAUGCAGGAUGAUUACUCUGUAUUACCCUGAUAAGUUUGCCAAUUAGGUGAAAAGAUCUUGGUCUGUAUGUAUAUACUUUUGCCACUUUAUUAGACACAGAAAGCUACAUAUUUGUGGUAUGUGUUUGAAGUAUAAUUAAUGUAUUCAAUAUAUAUACAUAUAUAUAACCUUUACCUUGGUUUCCACACGAGGGAAUGUGUUGCUGCCCAACCAGCAGAGUGUGGCCCGCCCCACAGCCAGUCGCAGUGGUCACGGUCCACUGGUGUUUGUUGGUUCAUGCUCCUGCACACGAGUGGCUGCUUCACUGUCUCAAGAUUCAUUCCCUUGUGUUGCUUAUGGUCAAUUAUCCUCAGGUGAAAAAAGCCUCGUCAAGUCUGUUUACAUAACAAAAAUUACCACACUCAAUUUGACGAUAAUGUCAUACCUUGAAAACACUCAGCCUUCAGCACUUGUCAAGAAUGCAAACUUCCCAACACCACCAAAGUCAACAUUGCCUGUGAGGGAUUUCUUUGGGUCCGGACACCAUUAUUCAGAGGCUGAACAAAUCUUUAGCAUGCACCAUACCCUCACACCAUCCGUCUAACUGAUAACAUUACGUAGACUGGACAAGCCUAUGAAAACAGAUUAUAAAACACACCCUGACCUAAAUUGUCCUCAGUACAGUAUCCAGCCAGGCACUGAGGUCCUGGCGAGAGUGUGUGAAGGAUGUUGUGACAAUCAGCUUUUCAUUGAGACGUGAACAAGCGCCAGGACGUAACCAUUCUAUCACGGGCAAUUCAUACCAUAUCCACUUCAUAAAUCAGGGCAUCUCAUAGACCCUAUAGAACACAUUGAAAAGUAUGUGGACAGUAUAUAUUUUUGGGGCCACUGAACGUUUGAAGAGGCUUGUUAGUGUAUGUGUGCAAAAUUUACUGGAGGGCCGCAGGAAUUAUGAAAAACAGUAAAGGAUAUAAAGAUUUUUUGAAAGCAGUUUAGACAAUGAAUUUUUUGGAUGGUAAAUGGUUAUAGGGAUUUUGAAUAGGAUUUAUAAGCUGCAGGAAUUUGGGGGACAGGAAUUUUGAAAGUUGUAGGAAUUUUAAAAAGUAGGAAUGGUAAGAAAUUUUUGAAGACCAGGAAUUGUAAGCUGUAUGAAUUUUAAAGAUAAGAAUGGCUUGAGGAAUCGUGAAAAAACAGGAAUUAAUGACUAGAAAUUGUGGGAAACUGGAAUUAAUGGCUUCAGGAAUUUUGAAGAGAAGAAACAGCUGCAGGAAUUUUCAGGGGAAGCGUGAAACAAACUCAAUGAAAUAACACAAACUCUUACAAAAAAUAUUUGGAAGAAAGGUUAAAGUGCAGAUUUGUUAAAAAAAAAAAAGAUAUAAGUAAAAGAAAAACAAAAAAGAAAACUUGGAGGAGAAACGAAAAAGCAUGAAAUCCUGUAAACUCCUCAUUUUCAGUUCAAAUCAACAUCUUUAUUGUCAAACAUUAGAUAAAACAAUAGUAGCGCUAACAAUAGGCCAUAUUUUUCUUCUACACGCACAGACAAUAUAAACCAUCUCCAUCAGACUCUACAUACACGACAGUCUGCCUGAAACACCAAGUAAUUCUUCACCUCAAGAUCCAAAACUACAGGCAGGGAAUUCAACGUAACUUCCAACCCUACAAAGAAUAACAUCUAAUCCUAUUAACUAGCUACCACUGCAUUGCACAAAAAGAAAUCUCGUCUUCUUCAUUUUCACUUCGAACAUUAGACUUAAACACAAACACACACUCGCUGCCAGUCUGUACGCGAUGUUUUCUUUUCAUAAUUCAUCUGAGGCAUUACGAAUUAGACUGCUCGAAGGUUUUACAAUGUCGAUGCAAUAACUGGUGAAGCGAGAGGAGAAGGCGACGGGUUACGACUUAUGCUCAGGGUGUUAGAAUGGCCUGUGAUGUUAAGGAAGGGGUGCUGAAAUGUGAGUGAUGGGAAGGAAGGGGUAGGGGUGUUGAAAGACCUGUGAUAGGAAGGGAAUGGAGGGGAGAAAGACCUGUGAUGGGAAGGAAGGGGAAGGUUUAGGUAGGGCAAGGGGUGUUGAAAUACUUGUGAUAGGAAGGGAAAGGGUAUUGAAAAGCAUGUGAUGGGAGAGGAAGGGAAGGUUAGAUAGGGGAAUGGAAAUGGGAAUGAUGGGGAAGGGUUUUGAAAGGCCUGUGAUGGGAAGGGAAGGGAAGGUUUGAUAGGGGAAGGGGUGUGGAAAGGCCUGUGAUGGGAAGGGAUGGGGUGUAGAAAUGUAUGUGAUAGGAAGGGAAGGUGUGUCAAGCCUGUGAUGAGAAGGAUAGAAAAAGUUAAGUAGGGGAAGGGAAUUAACCCGGUAGCAGCGACGGGCCAAAUUUGUGGCUUUACCGUGUACCAGCGACGGGCCAAAUUUUUUGCCAUGAUAUAAACCCCCAAAAUAAAUGAUGCAUAAACUGAUCUCAAAUGCAUUGAUAUAUAUAAAUUAUGAAAUGGUUUGUGUGAGUGAUGAUUUUUUCUCAUUUUUCUCGCUUAGAGGGGCCUUUAAGAAACAUGAUCCCCGCAGCUACCGGGUUGAAAUGCAAGUGAUUGGAUGGGAAGGAGUGUUUACUGGCCUGUGAUGGGAAGGGUAGAAAAGGUUAAGUAAGGGAAGGGGUAUUGAACUGCAAGUGAUGGGAAGGGAAGGGGUGUUGCCAACCCUGUGAUGAGAAGGGUAGAAAAAGUUAGGUAAGGGAAGGGGAAUUGAAAUGCAAGUGAUGGGAAGGGAAAGGGUGUUGCCAAGCCUGUGAUGGGAAGGGUAGAAAAAGUAAAGUAGGGGAAGGGGUAUUGAAAUGCAAGUGAUGGGAAGGGAUGUCGACAGGCCUGUGAUGGGAAGGGGAGGGAAAGUUAGGUAAGAGAAGGAUGGCCUGCACUCCGACUGAAGUUAUGAGGCAAAGAUGCAUAAAAAAGAGCCAAAAGGGAGUUGCAUAAAAGGGAAAGAGUUUUGUUUGCUGUUGUCUAAAAUUCGAUAACAGAUUCACCAGUAAGAAAGGAAUUGAGGCAUAAGAAGAAAAGAGCUAAAAGGGAGUUAGGUAAAAAGGAAAGAGUUGUGUCAUUUGCUGUUGUCUGAAAUUCGAUAACAGAUUCACCAGUAAGAAAGAAAUUGAGGCAUAAGAAGAAAAGAGCUAAAAGGGAGUUACGGAAAAGGGAAAGAGUUGUGUCAUUUGCUGUUGUCUGAAAUUCGAUAACAGAUUCACCAGUAAGAAAGGAAUUGAGGCAUAAGAAGAAAAGAGCUAAAAGGGAGUUACGUAAAAAGGAAAGAGUUGUGUCAUUUGCUGUUGUCUUAAAAUUCAAUAACGGAUUCACUAGUAAAAAAGAAAUUAAGACAUAAGGAGAAAAGGGCUAAAAGGGAGUUAUAUAAAAGGGAAGGAGUUGUGUUGAUUGCUAUGGGAAUCUUAAAAAAAAACUAGUUAAAGGCUGUGGGAAUCAGGAAAUACACGAAUCACAGAAUUUGGGAGUUUUAAAAGGAUGAAAAAGACUGUCUGAUUACUGCCGCCUCAUAAAUCGAAACUAAAUAAAUGCGUUUCUUUGCCCCAUGACUCGGAAUCAAGCGCAGGCCAACCCUACGUGCAUGUGUGUGUGUGUGUGUGUGUGUGUGUGUGUGUGUGUGUAGGAGAGACAGAAGAUCGGUAGCGAGUCCAUAUUCUUAAAAGUAUCGGGCCCCCAUUACACCAGGUUUUCAUUGGGGGGGGGGAUUUUCCAGUUCAGGGUGCAGGGGUUGUGUAAAUCCAUCACUACCAUCACGAAACAGUUCAUGAAAAGCCCAGCAACUUCUACGAGAGGCUAGGCGGACUGAACUGAGGUGCCGAUAUGUUUAAGAAUGUGGUCUUUAGAGAGUCUGAGUGUGGAAUGGUAUGUGGGAGGAACAAGUGAGUCCUCAGGGUAAAGGUUUAUGAAGAAGCAGAUUGUAGAGCAUUUGUUUUCGUUUUCGAGUAAUAGCGAUAUGGCGUACCCUGUUUUUAUUUCUCCGAACGUGUAACUUUUCAUGAUCGUAUUGCUGAAAAAUUCUACUCCGUCGUAUUGUUUGUCGAGAAGCAGAUGAUAGUGUUUUUUUUUCCCAUCUUUGAGUAAUAGCAAUCUGGUAAAUCCUGUUUUUGUUUUUUUCCCAAGAUGUAAUUUUUCUUCACUGACCACUUUCAUUAUCGUAUCACCGAAAAAUUCUGCUUCAUCGUAUUGAUUGUUGAGAAGCGUGUGUUUGUUUUCGUCAAAUAAUAUCAACCUAGCGAAUAAUGUUUUUUUGUCAUUAGAUUUUUCCAAACGUGUAAAUUUUCCUUACCGAUCUUUUUCAGUAUCGUAUCAGUGAAAAUUUCCUGUUUGUUUUCGUCUUUCAGUACUAGCGAUCUUGCGUUACUUGUUUUAUUAUCAUUAUUAUAAUUUUUUGUUUCCAUACAUGUAACUUUUCCUCAUCGACUAUUUUCAUUCUCAUAUCAAUGAAAAUUUCUACUAUAUAAUAUAUCUUCAUUUGUUUUUCCGUGUAUAUCUCGCUCCGUAUUAUGUACUACUACUACAUACACCAUUUCCAGCCACUAGUCUGUCUGUCUGUCCAAAUGCAUCUCAGACUUUUUUUUUUUUUUUUUUUUUUUUUCUACAUGAUUCAUUUAUUUUUUGUCCACUUUUCCACACAAAUCAAUUAUUUUUUGGUCACUUUUCCACACGAUUCAAUUAUUUUUUGGUCACUUUUCCACACGAUUCAAUUAUUUUUUGGUCACUUUUCCACACGAUUCAGUUAUUUUUUGGUCACUUUUCCACACUAUUCAUUUAUUUUUUGGUCACUUUUCCACACGAUUCAGUUAUUUUUUGGUCACUUUCAUAUGGUUCAAUUCUUCUUUGGGUCACUUUUUCAUAUGAUUGGAUUCUUUUGUUAGUCACUUGUUAAUAUGAUUUGAUUCUUGUUUGGGUCACAUUUUCAUAUGAUUUGAUUCUAUUUUGGUCUCGUGAUUUUUUUAUUUAUUUAUUUAUUUAUUUUUUACGCCGUUUUGUUGUUGCUGUUACGUGAAUUUUCUCUCCUCAACCUUGUGUCAAAACGUUAUGCUGUAUAUAUUUUUCAGCCACUAGUCUGUCUGUCUGUCCGAACAUUUAUUUAUCUGUUUCAUACGUUUCAACCUUUUCGGUCAAUCGUUUUUUAUAUAUUUAUUUAUUUAUUUAUUAUUAUUUUUAUUUCAUCGCUGCUGUGUUACGGAAAUUCUCUCGAUCCUCAACUUGUGUCAAAGCGGUACGUGUAUAUUUCGAGUCUUUCUGUUUGUUCAUCGUUCAUCUGCGCUCUGAGUGGAUGACACAAACCUGAUUCUACCGUCACAGCGAUAGAUAUAAUCGGUCUAUCGCUCUUUUUUUUUUUACCCCCAAACAAACAAAGAUGGAAGGAAAUCAGGUAAUGUGCCAGUAGCGAGAAAAAGGAAUUAUCUACCUUUUUAAGAGAAUAAUAAAAUACUUUUCCGCAAAACCGUAAACAUUAAGCAUUUGACUGCCAUCUAAUAAUAAUAGUGUCGGUAUUUUUUUUUUCCUCUCUUUCAAAAGGAUAUCGAUAAAGUUAUUGUGAGAGCCGGGGCAGCGGAGGCAGAGUGGAGGCAACCAUGUGUGUGUGUGUGUGUGUGUGUGUAUGUGUCUGUAUCUCUGUGUGUGUGUGUGUGCGUUGGCUCCCCGCUGUAUUCGCUGGCCCGGCCCCUGCCCAGCGCGGGGUACAGAGAUAGUCUGGCUGAACGUCCCUCUGUAUCUUUAGUACUUUACCAAAUUAUGUAUCUGCAAGUAAAGGUAAAUAUAUA